AUGGCGAGGGCACAAGCAUCAAUGAUCGCCGUGGUCGCGAUCAUUUCGGUGGCAGCGGCGGCAUCCGUGCUCGGAACGGCGUCCGGCGCCACCAGCUACACCGUCGGCGAGCCAGGUGGGUCGUGGGACCUGCAGACCAACCUCACCGCCUGGGCGUCCACCGUCGACUUCCACCCGGGCGACCAGCUGAUGUUCAAGUACGACGCGUCGGCGCACGACGUCGUGGAGGUGACCCAGGCCGGCUACACCUCCUGCUCGGCGGCGAGCCCCAUCGCCGGCCCGAAAUCUUCCGGUCCGAAUGUUCGGACCGGAGACGCCGUCCGAUGA